UUUAAAAAAGCGUAUUUGAGGCGCGCCUUGAGGCUAGCCUCACUGUGAGGCGUAAAAAAACAGUUUCAGGGCUUAAGCCCUGGUUUGAUCCCUAGAGGCUUACGCCUCUGUGAUGUGAGGCUGUCAAAGUGGACAGCCUUGAGGCUUUUUUGUGAGGCUUAAGCCUCACAUCAGUACCAGUUUUGGGCCCUUUCAAACCACAUUUUAAAGCUCAAAUUUAGGGUUUUUAAUUUAAAAUUUUAGGCCCAUUUCACACUUUAAAACAAAGAAAAGUAAAGGCCCAAUUCUUUUGAUUAAAAACCCUAAAACCUUAUUUCUCUAAUAUCAUUUCUUCUACCCUAAAACACACGGCAGCACACUUCUCUUCCUUCUCCUCUCUUCUUCAGCAGCACACAACAGUGACAGCCCACUUCUUCUUCUUCUCCUCUCUUCUUCGGCAGCACACAACACACUUCUUCUUCUUCUUCUCCUCUCUUCUUCAGCAGCACACAGGCAGAUAGCUUACUGCCCUACUGCCAGCCAAGAAACUCCAUUGUUAGAUUUUAAAAUGAUUAGAAGCUCACAAAAAAGUAUUGUUGGAGGAGCUAGUAGUAGUGAUGGUACUAAUAAUACUAGUGGAGGGACUCAUUCAAAAUCAAACAGAAAAGAUCCCGCUUGGGAUCAUGGUACUGAGAUUGAGUUAGGAGAAGAAGGGAGUAAGAAAAAUUAUAUUUAUCUUGAAUGUAAAUAUUGCAAAAAAAUUAUCAAGGGAGGUGUUAAGAGAUUAAAGAAUCACAAAAGUUUGCAAUUAAAGUAUUGAACGAGCCGUUCCCCAUUUCAGACGACGGUGGACUUACUUGCUCAUCAUCGGGAUGUGAGCGAAAUUGGAGCGCUUUCAAUCAAGUUCAUACAAAAAGAAGAAAUCGGUUGACUACUCUAAGAAUGCAUUCUUUGGUGUAUAUCAUGUUUAACAAAAGAUUGAAGGAUAGACAUUUGAAGUUGAAAUCUCUAUCAAAGAAGGAUGAUGGUUUGGUGAUUGAUGAGGAGAUGCCAUCAGAUGAUGAAUGGGUCGUUGAUGAAGAUGGAAAUUUUGAAGACAUACAAAGGCCAAAUGAUGAGGACCUUGGAGUUGAUAGAGGAACAGGAUCAAGUUCUAGAGGAGUGAAAAGGAAGAGGGUAGUAGACUUGGAUGAAGAUGAAUGGGAGGAUAUUGGUGGUGAUAAUGAAGAGGGUGGUGGUGAUGAGAGGAAUAUACAAUAUGACGAUUCUUCAAGCGAUGAUGAGUUGGAGUUGAACGAUGAUUUCUAAAUCACCUUCAUCAUUUACUACUCAAGUUUGUUCUAGGAUAGUUUAAUCUAGCAUUCUAGUUCUAGAAACAAAACUUUUAUCUUUAAAUUAUAAUUUUAUCCAAAUUUAUGUUUGAGUUGUAUGACACAUUUUAUGGUAUGCUAAACUUUUAUGAGACAUUGAGUGUUUUAUUUUAUGAUUUAUAAUUUCUAAUUAUUAACUAUAUAUUUUUAGGUAUCUAAAAUAUUUUUUUUUAAUUAAAAAUUUGAGGCUUAUGCCUCAAGGCUUACGUUUCGCUUCACAAAACAAAAACGCCUCGAGGCUUAAAAACGCCUUUUUAAACAUUGAUCUCGCCAUCUCCCCGACAAGUAAAAAUGAUCUCUUGCUCAUGUAUAGCUAUUAGCCAUUAUAUCUAAAGCAAGAAAUUCUUAAUUUCUCAUAUAUGUUACUAUACUAUCCAGAAGAUAAAUUAAUAUUAAUUUGCAAAAAGUUACAGAAAGAAUCGCUAACCAUCAAUGGCAUCAUAACAAUACCAUUCAAAAAAACAAAUUUAUAGCAACUUAACUUCAGGACUAUCAAAUUAAAGUUCAAACUCUGGUCGA